AUGGCACAACUCAUUGAAACAAUUCCGAUGGAGGAACUACACUCGAUGAAAAUGGAUGGUGGCUCUCGUGAAUUUAGUCUGUCCUUUCGCAAUAUUUCGUACAGUGUGAAACAAAAGCAUGAUCGUACGCAUUCCGCGAUCCUGAAGAACCUCUCUGGUUCCUUUCGAUCCGGCCGCCUCGUAGGAAUAAUGGGGCCUUCCGGAGCCGGCAAAUCAACGCUGUUAAAUGUGCUCAGUGGGUUUACGAUAGCCAAUGUCACUGGCGAAUUGAUGGUAGAUGGACAGCUUCUAUCGGAACGUCGCAGCCGCAAACUUGUUUCCUACACUCAACAAGAGGUCAAUCUGUGGCGGAGUCUUACUGUGGGGGAAAGUCUCAAAUUCGCGGCCGAGUUCAAACUUGGUAAAAGCAGUACAGCACAGAAGCAAACUAAAGUCCACGAGCUACUGGAAGUUCUGGGAUUGGAAUUUUGUGCUGACACACUUACUGGAGAUAUCUCAGGUGGAGAAGCGAAGCGCCUCUCGAUCGGACUCGAGUUACUAUCCGAUCCAAAAGUGAUGCUCCUGGAUGAACCAACAACAGGUUUAGACUCGGUUUUCGCUUAUCAGGUGUUGGCUCAUGUCCGAGAGCUCGCCGCCCGAGGACGCGUCAUCGCUUGCGUCAUUCAUCAGCCGAACUCUCAACAAUUGCAGAUUAUCGACGAUCUGUUUGUGCUGGCCAGAGGACGCCGGGUCUACAGUGGUCCAACCAAUGAGAUGGUUCCUCGCUUUGCAAGUUUCGGACUCCAUUGUCCUGUUUCAUACAAUCCGGCGGAUUAUGCCCUGGAUAUUGCCAGCCUUGAUCAGGAGGAUGAUCGUCUGGAGCGUCUGAUGAUGGAUGAAGAAAAAGACAUAUUUGGUAAUCAAUCCUCUAUUAUAGUUCCUGUAAAACGUGUCGAUGAGUCAUAUGAACGCUACACUCUGACAACAUUCCAGCAGCUCGGGGUGUUACUACGGCGUACAGCCUUGUGCGUGGCGAGAGAUUCGUUUCAGCUAAAGGCGCGAGUUUUAAUCAACAUUGUGAUUGCCUUUGUCAUAAGUAUCGCUUACUACAAUAUAGGCAACAAUGCUGAUCGUCUCAUAUCUAACACCGCGUUCAUAAUUUUGUCCCAGUUCGUAAUUUUCUUCUCGAGUGUAGCGUCAGCUGUUUUAGUUUAUCCUCGUGAGUCGGCGUGCUUCGUCCAGGAGAGCAAAAAUAAUUGGUACUCGCUUAAAGCAUACUACUGGGCCAAGAUCAUUAUCGAGAUACCUACGCUGUUUAUCUCAUCCUUGGUGUACAUCAUCAUCGUAUACUACUUUACUUCACAACCGUUGGAGGUGUUUCGCUUUGUGUUGUUCACUGGAAUGUGCCUUCUAUUCGGUUGGAUUUCGCAGAUGCUUGGUCUUCUCUUCGGUAGCCUCAUGUCGGUUCAGACUUCCGCCUUUUCGACCAUUAUGGUUUUGAUACCGGCAUAUCUGUUCUCUGGCUUAUUCAUUCCGUUGCGUUACGCCAACUUUUUACUUCGUCCGCUAAUGUAUGUGUCGUUCGUGCGGUACGCGUUCGAGGGAUCUAUCAGUGCGAUCUACGGCUAUGAUCGACCUGAUCCCGAGUGUCCUGAAGUGUUCUGCUAUUUCGGCAAGCUGAAAAAGUUUCUUGGUUUCAUAUCGCUGCCCGAAUUGGCAUAUGAAUAUGAUCUGUUAGCUCUCUUCGUCUGGAUUGUGUGCCUUAUGCUGGCUGUGUAUUUGAGCCUGAGAAGAAGAAUCAAAUCAGACUAUUAA